AUGUCGCCCCUCCGCCAAGCAGCCGCCGCGGCCCCUGCAGUUGCCCCCUGGGCAGCCGCCGCCUCUCGCGGCUUCUCCCGCCGGCCUGCCGCGCCGUUCGCGUCUGCCGCGCCCGCUGCCGCCGCCGCUGCUGCCGCCGAGGCGGCCUCGCCGGCCGCGCCUGUGGUUGCCGAGCCGGUGGCCGCGAACGGCGCAGGCAACGGCCAGGCGGCGGCGACAGCGCCCACCUUCCAGGACGCCAUCAGGCGGCUGCAGGACUACUGGGCUUCCAGGGGCUGCGUGGUGUGGAUGCCGCACAACACAGAGGUCGGCGCCGGCACCAUGAACCCUGCAACCUUCCUCAGGGUUCUUGGCCCCGAGCCCUGGAACGUCGCCUACCCGGAGCCGAGCGUGCGCCCCGACGACAGCCGCUACGGCGACAACCCCAACAGGGUGCAGCGCCACACCCAGUUCCAGGUCAUCCUCAAGCCAGACCCUGGGAACGCGCAGGAGCUGUACCUGGGGAGCCUGGAGGCCCUGGGCAUUGACACGCGGAAGCACGACAUCAGGUUCGUGGAGGACAACUGGGAGUCCCCAGUCCUGGGGGCCUGGGGCCUGGGCUGGGAGGUCUGGCUGGACGGCAUGGAGGUGACGCAGUUCACGUACUUCCAGCAGGCUGGCGGCAAGGUGCUGGACGCGCCGGCUGUUGAGAUCACGUACGGCAUGGAGCGGAUCCUGAUGGCACGGCAGGGCGCCAAGCACUUCAAGGACAUCAAGUACAACGACGCGGUCACCUAUGGGGAGCUGUUCCUGCAGAACGAGUACGAGAUGAGCUGCUACAACCUCGACGAGGCUGACGUGGCGGAGCAGGUGUUUGGUGGCGGUCAUGGUGAUGUCACCGCGGUGGCGAUCCAGGCAGACGGCCAGGCCGCGUGGCGCGCGAGCUGGGAGGGCCUGCGCCAGCGCUUCGCGCUGUUUGAUGCUGAGGCGCGCCGCCUGCUGGCCAAGCGGCUGCCCGUGCCCGCCUACGACCACCUGCUGAAGCUGAGCCACACCUUUAACGUCCUGGAUGCCCGCGGCGCGGUGGGCGUCACCGAGCGCGCCGACUGCUUUGCGACCAUGAGGGCGCUCGCGCGCGAGGUCACCGCCCUGUGGCUGGAGCGGCGCGAGGAGCAGGGCUACCCUCUGGGCCAGGUCGCCCCGCCAGAGGCCCUCACCCCCGGCAAGCCCGCCCCGCCGCCGUCCGGCGCGCCCCCGAGGGCGUUUGUGCUGGAGAUUGGCAGCGAGGAGCUGCCGCCAGACGACGUCCUCUCGGGGAUCGCGCAGCUGAGGGAGCGCAUCCCCGCGCUGCUGCAGCGGCUGCGCCUGGCGCACGAGUCCGUCACGGUUCACGGCACGCCGCGCCGCCUGGCGGUGCUCGUGUCUGGCCUGGCCGCCAGGCAGGAGCCCAUCGAGAGCCGCGUCAGGGGGCCGCCGGCAAAGGCGGCUUUCGAUGCCGCCGGCAAGCCCACCAAGGCUUUGGAGGGCUUCUGCAAAAAGGCGGGCGCAGACCCGUCCUCUGUGGCGGUGGAGGCCGAUGCCAAGGGGGUGGAGUACUGCUGGGUCGUAGUCAAGGACGCGGGACGCAGCGCGGCAGAGGUGCUGACUGAUGAGCUGCCAGCGCUGGUGGGUUCGAUCUCGUUCAAAAAGAGCAUGCGCUGGCGCGGCGACACAGCCUACUCGCGGCCCAUGCGCUGGCUCCUCGCGCUGCACGGCGACACCCCCCUGCCCUUCGUGUACGGGCCCAUCCUGGCGGGCGCCGCCACGCGCGUGCUGCGCAACGCGGCGCAGCCAGAGCAGCGGGUGGGCAGCGCUGAGGAGUACGAGCAGCUUCUCGCCAGGGAGCGCAUCACUCUGGACCUCGAGCGGCGGCGGCAGGACAUCUGGGCGGCGACUGUCGCCGCGGCCGCAGAGGUGGGCGGCGUGGUGCCCGAGUCCUCCAGGGGUGAUCUGCUGGAUGAGGUGGCCAACCUGGUGGAGAGCCCCACCCCCGUCAGGGGCGCCUUCGACGCCGCCUUCCUCGCCCUGCCAGAGUGA